AUGGCUUUCGCUUUCAUCGAACAUCGUUACAGAACAGGUUUCCGCAACUUUCAUUCAGACGCCAGUGCGCCAAGGGUGCAGAGAUAUUUGGAGAGUUCAUCGAGUGAAAUGGCGAGAGAGAUUCGAGCUUUAUCCGGACAACGAGCCGAGGGUCGAGAUCGGAUUUUUCCUUUCUAUUCGGGCAUUGGAAAAGGAAGGAAA